AUGCAAGACUCAUUGAAUAAUAUUUACACGGCUAAAACAUGGUUUCAACUAAAAUGUGAAGAUCCUCAUACUCGUCAUCUGUGGAUUAAAUCACGUGUUUUAUACACGUUCAAACCACAAAUUAUAACAGCUUUAUAUCUUUUUGAGUACCGCAUGGCAAAUUUAGAACAAGGACGUUCCCAAAUUUCAUCCCAACGAGCUUUUUGGUCACAUCAGGUUCAUUGUGGUGUUAGACGUCUCUUUGGUUGUAUUGCUACUCGAUGGAUACCUUCCUAUUUAUCCCAAACGUUUAGAACGAGCUCGAUUUUUCAUAAAAGCUUGACAUAUGAAGGUUUAUGUUCUGUACCACAAAUAUUUGGUAACAAAUUUGAAAAAAUGUUAAAGUAG